AUCAUUGAAUGGCGCGUGUCUGACAACAUGCACCACCACUGGCUUCUACUGGCCGCAUGCUUUUGGGUGAUUUUCAUGUUCAUGGUGGCCAGCAAGUUCAUCACGUUGACCUUUAAAGACCCAGAUGGGUAUAGUGCCAAACAGGAGUUUGUGUCCCUGACCACCAUGCCAGAAGCAGGGAAGCUAAGAGGAGAAAAGCAUCUUCCUGAGGAUACAAAGCCAACUGGGAGGAUGCUCUCUGAUGGCCGUCCUGACCAGCCCCCGGUUUAUCUGGAACGGCUGGAGCUCAUCAGAAAUGCCUGCCAGGAAGAGGCCCUGAGGAACCUCUCACACACUGAGGUCUCUAAGUUUGUCCUUGAUCGAAUAUUUGUCUGUGACAAGCACAAGAUUCUUUUCUGUCAGACUCCCAAAGUGGGCAACACCCAGUGGAAGAAAGUGCUGAUUGUCCUAAAUGGAGCGUUUUCUUCCAUUGAAGAGAUCCCUGAAAAUGUGGUCCAUGAUCAUGAGAAAAAUGGCCUUCCACGUCUCUCCUCCUUCAGCAAAACAGGAAUUCAGAAGAGGUUGAAAACAUACUUCAAGUUUUUUAUUGUAAGAGAUCCCUUCGAAAGACUGAUUUCUGCCUUUAAGGAUAAAUUUCUUCAUAAUCCCCGCUUUGAGCCUUGGUACAGGCAUGAUAUUGCUCCUGGCAUUAUUAGGAAGUACAGGAAGAACCGGACAGAGACCCGGGGCAUCCAGUUUGAAGAUUUUGUGCGCUAUCUGGGUGAUCCAAACCGCAGGUGGUUAGACCUUCAGUUUGGGGAUCAUAUCAUCCAUUGGGUGACCUACGUAGAACUCUGUGCACCCUGUGAGAUAAAGUACAGUGUGAUCGGACACCACGAGACCCUGGAAGAGGAUGCCCCGUACAUCCUGAAAGAAGCUGGCAUAGACCACCUGGUGUCUUACCCCACCAUCCCUCCAGGCAUCACCUUGUACAAUAGAACUAAAGUGGAACACUACUUCCUGGGCAUCAGCAAACGAGACAUCCGGCGCCUGUAUGCACGUUUUGAAGGAGACUUUAAGCUCUUUGGGUAUCAGAAGCCAGAGUUUUUGCUAAAUUAAUGCAUAGGACCCUUGAAUUGUUGCUAGAUCAGGGGCUGACUAGAUGGAGGUCUGAGCACAGAAAUGAGACUUCUUUCCAUCAUUCCCUGUGGUUCCGUGAACAGAUGAUGUUGGGCUCUGAUUAUCUUAGCUUGGAUGUCAGAUGCUCUGAGCCCCUCCCCCAACCUGAGUCAUUAGGAGUCACUAGCCAUCACUCCCAUGAGAGGUUAGGAAAGACUGUUUGCAGACUGGUGGGCAGACCCAGAGGAGACAGUGUUAGGAGCUGUUCCCUUCAGUGUCACACUGGCAUUGCCAGCUAACCAGUGGCCGGGAGGUAUCACCUGUGACUUGUGGGUUGUAUAGACUCAGCACUUUGAAGAGAGAUGGAGAUGCUAAAUGGCUGCAAAAGUUUCUGGGGCCUGUGCAGACUCAAAUCUAAGUCAGAAUGAUACCUCUUUCUUCCAUCUUGGCAUACCUAUAAUCGCAGAUGCAGAUCAUGUAUGCUCCUGGAGCUUGAGGUCCUGUGACAUUUGCUGUUGGUACUCACAGAAUUGUUUGAGCAAUCUGUGCUUUCAAGAUCCAGGCUAGCCCAAAUUUUAAGACAUCUGACCCUGCAAGCACCUGCUUCAUUCUGCAGAAGAGAUACCCUUCUGGAAAGUGAGGGGGUAUGUAGGGACAUCUUUGGAGACUUGGAACUUGUCACAGGGGAGAAAGAACUGGACGGUCCUGGAAACUCAGGCUGCUGUGAAAUUGGGUACCGUUUGUCUUGGCUCCUGCUUUUGUCUUAGACUGCCCUUGGAGUGAGCAGUAGGGGCUUUUUCACCGGUCUCCUCCACAAGCCUCACUGUCCUGAGAGGGGAGAAAAGACAAAGCAUUUCCAAUGGAUAGAUACUGACGACAAGCAGGCACGCCAUGCCAGCAUUGCAGAACCCAGUCCUAUUUACACACUGCCAUGUCAGUCCACGUCGACAGACAGGAUCCUCCAGCCCUGGUUCUUAACAGUGCCGCCAUUCUGGACUGAAAGACCCCCAAGUUGGAUAAUCAGAUUCAUCAGCAAUAAAGUCUUGGGUGAGGCCAGUUCUGGCAACAUGCCAUCCAGGCAUUGAGGCCAGCCCAGGCAAGAAGAAAGCCACAACAGCCAUGUCAGCUGCCAACCAGUAGCAAAAUACAGCUAAAGAUGACAGAAUGGUCUGCCUGAGGGAGUCCCAGGCACACACAUCUGCCCAGGGUUGGGAGAAAUUGUGAUAGCUUUUCCUAAGGGCCACAGCCCUCCUCUCAAAAAGCUUCCUGAACAUGUAAAUGUGAAAGUCAAAUAAAAUUUAAAAUAUGUGCCAAAUCUGACCAGUGGAGGGGGCGCUCCAGGGCUCCAGGUAACUCCUGAGGGCUGAGGGCUCAGACCAGGGAUGGGGCUGUGGACUGGAAUGAGGCUUGGCCUUUCCUGGUCGACCAAGAUGCCAAGAACGUGACAUUGGGUUAUUUUUAAAUGAAGUUUUAGCAAAGCCUUCAUGAAAUCACUUUGGACCUAAACUGCUGAUCGUGACCUCUUUUCUGUGUUUGACAAACAACGGUGUUAAUAUUGUGUGUGAGGUUAAGGCCUUCAAGGUAGU